UGGAGGAUGUGCGUGGCCCGGCACAAGUUCUACAGAAUGAACUGCAACCUGCAAACUCAGGCUGUCAAUCCGGUGCGUCGGAGAUCAUCGACAAGAAUGUCGCUGCCAAAGCACCAGCCUUACAUGAUGCCUCCUCCCCAGAUGCACUACAAUGGGCACUACAACGAGCCUUACACCUCUUCACAAGACAAUCUGCCUGUGUUUGUGAGCAAUCAGAACGGAUAUUACUAUCACUCCCAGACCAGUCUUGACCACAGUCCUCAUGACUACAAUGGAAGAAUCCGGAAUGGUAGCGUCUACAGUGCUCACAGCACCAACUCGCUCAACACCCAACAACAC